AUGUCUGACUACAAGCCCACUGAGCACGACGGCCUCCGCAAGGACGGUCAGCCUGACGGUCGUGUCGGCACCGGCGAGUUCGCCCACGGCAAGGUCGACCCCCACAAGGCCGGCGAGCAGGGCGGAAAGACUUCCGGCUCCGGCGAGGGCCUUGGAAGCUCCGACAGCAGCGGUGGUGACUACAAGCCCACUGAGCACGGUGGCCUGAAGAAGGAUGGCAGCCCUGACCAGCGUGUUAAGGGUAACUAA